CCUCGGCGCGCAGCAUCCCGGCUGAGCGGCGGCCAGCAAGCAGCCCCUGCCGCCCGUCGGCCCCCCGGCGGGGAAGAAGCGGAGGGCGACUGCCUCCGCCAGCCGCGAGGGCGGCCCAAAAGCAGCCUCCGGCCCCGGGGGCGUCCCGGAGGAAACGGCGAAGGAGCCGCCGGUGACGGAGAGCAUCCAGCAAGGCGGCCUCUCCCGGGCGGCCCUGCACCUGCUGCGCAGCUGAGGAGCUCGUCCUCGCGGAGACGAGCGCGGCAGAGGAGCCCGCAGCCUCCUGCGCGCCGCCGGCAGCCCCGCAGCCUGCAGCUACCCCGUGCCGGGAGUGUUGCAUCAGCUCUUAUCUGGGCGAGCGCGAUUCUGCGGUGUGCCGGGCGGCGUGGGGGCACCGGCUUGCAGCGGCGGAGGCAGCGCGGGGGCCACAGACCCCGUCGGAGGAGGUUGCCCGUCAGCACUGCAGCCCCGGUGGGGGGAGCGAGUCGCAUCGCAGGGAGCAGAGAUGCAGGCAGAGGCGGCAGCGCGGAAGCUGGCUUCCUGACAGCACUGUCGUCGGCACGUUACCUGGUGGGUUUGGAAGCCUGCUCACCCCAAGGCGCCCCGGACAUCUGCCCUCUGCAGAGCAUCUGGAGCGGCUGGAGCUGGAGAGGAGCCCGACUCAGGCAGCGCUGCCUUUGUGCCCUCCCGCUCAGAGAUAAUCUCCCCUCGCUGCAGGGUUUACAGCCGAGGAAGCCGCCCGAGCUGGAGGUGGGGGGGGCCGUGAGAAGCUGGACUGGACGUGCAGCCCAGCGGCGAGGUCUGGGGAGGCUGUGGAGACCUGCCAGCAUCCCCAGGGAGCCAGGACUUGGUGCAGGCAGUGCCAGGCCGGCAUCCCUCUGCCUUUCAGAUAACCUUUAGCAACACGGGCCUUCAAGCCCCUGCUGAGGACAGACAGGGGCUCCAGGGCCUCAGCCAGGGACGCGGCGGCACCAGGAUCCUCGGCCCAAGACACAGUGGUCCAGCGCAGCAGCCCGACGCAGCCUUUCCCAGCACGCACGAAGCUGAGCUGGAGACAGAGGUGCUGGAGUCCGUAGGCGCCGUGGGCAGAAGGCGCUUUGCAGCCCCAGUGCAAGCCGAGGUGAGCGUGGCCCAGCGCCGGCCGGCACGGGAUGCUCUCUGACCCUGGGGCCGGUCCUUGCCCAGCACCCUGCGGGAGCUGCCGGUUCUGCGGAUACCAGUGACAGCACGUGGGAGAGCCAGGAAGUCAGAGCAAAGGAAUUUGCAAACACAUUCUUCAGCGCCACGAGGAUCCUACAGCACAUAAACAGGAAUAAAGGCCGGGAGGAGGCAGGGGCUGGGCAACGUGUGGGCUGCCCUCGGCACAGGCAGCACUGCCCACAUUCCUGCUGGGAGCCAGCCUGGGCCGCAGCCCCUCCUCACUCACCUGCUCCAGGUGAGCACCCAGCGCCAGGAACGCCUGGCCUCCCCGCAGCCUCCGGCUUCACUUUGCUAUUUCCAACUGCAGCCGGGAAGCGCCUGCAAAACCAAAGGGGGGAGCUGCCGAGUGACAGGCAAUGUCAUCUUAUUAACGUCCCGGCAAAGCGCGGCGGGGAGCAGAUGCUUUGAUCACCCGCCCAAGCAAAGGUCCUCAAAGGCGGGUGCAGGCAGGAUGUCGCCGUGAGCGCAGUGCCGUCCCGUGCACGCCUCCGGCCUCGCGAGUGGCGCCUUUGGGGCUGAGCGCAGACGAAGGACCCCGGGCCUGCUCGCGCCGAACCGUUUCCCCAGGAUGUGCUGCUGCUCCAGCCGCUUUCCCCGGUGCUGCUGCUUCACGGCCAGAACGCGAUUGAAAGCCCUGCCUGCUGCCAGCAUGUUUUAGCCUCAUGCAGGCGUCCCUCAGAGAUCCCAGAGCAGUGGACAGUAAUGUAAAAACAAUACUCAUGUCGUGUCUGAAAGGGCAACAGGUCAUCAUUAAAAUGGAGGCGAUGAAAAUCAUCCACCCGGAGAAGUUUUCGGAGCUGCAGGCCUCGCAGCCCCGCUACACGCCAGCCCCCCGUCGCGAGCCGCCCCUCGUGGCCAAGCGCGCCUGGCCGUCCGAGUCUGAGAUCAUCGUGAACCAGGCGUGCGGAGACAUCCCUGCGCUGGACGCUACCCCCGGCUCCCUGGGGCUGCCCCGGACUCCCCCCCUGCCACGGCGAGAGCGACUGUACCAGGGGCAGCGGAAGGGCAGCUCGGAGGUGUGCUACCACCGGCAGCCCCCGUCGGACGAGGUGAUCGUGAACCAGUACGUGCUGCACCCCUCGACACCCUGCGAGCCGCUCGAGUGCCCCACGUGCGGCCACAUGUACAACUUCACCAACAAGCGGCCCCGCAUCCUCUCCUGCCUGCACUCGGUGUGUGAGGAGUGCCUGCAGAUCCUCUAUGAGUCCUGCCCCAAGUACAAGUUCAUCUCCUGCCCCACUUGCAAGCGGGAGACCGUGCUCUUCACCGACUACGGGCUGGCAGCGCUGGCGGUGAACACCAGUAUCCUCAACAGACUGCCUGCCGAGGCCCUGGCUGCCAACCCCGUGCAGUGGAGCAGCGACACCGACCGCAGCUGCUACCAGACCUUUCGCCAGUACUGCGGGGCAGCCUGCACCUGCCACAUCCGAAACCCGCUGUCUUCCUGCACCAUCAUGUAAGCUGCGCGCCCAGCCCCACCGUUGCCCCGCGCUGCUUGCUGCAUCUGGCUGCGGGGCCAUCCCGUGGGAGGGAGAGGACACCACCGCCAGGCUGCGGCACCCCCUCAGCUCCCCCUUUUCCAUUUGUGCAGCCGGGGGGAUGCUCUGAUUCUCUCCAUGGUCCAGAGCCUGGGCCUGCUGUCCUCCCCGCUGCCUCUUUGCUGCUAGGGCAGAGGCUGCCUGGGGGGACUGGGGGGGAUGCUGCAUCCUGGGAUGUGGUGUGGAUGCGGGACAUGGUGUGGACCUGGGCUGGGAUGUGGCAGUCCCCUGCACCCUGGUGGUGCUCGGGGAGAGGAACAUUGGGAUUGGGAGCAGGUCCAUCAGCAAGUCCAUGAGGGCUCUAGCCCCUGCAUCCUGUGGCUUGCACCCCUUCCACCCCCUUUCUUGUGCCGGGCAUCGAGCAGUCCUCUGUGCUCCUUCCCUGGGUGGCUUUGUGCUCCUCUUUCCCCUUGGCUCCUGCAACAUGGCCAAGAACAGAUGCUCAGUUCCCACCGGCGACCUGCCAGUGACACCCUCUCCACCACCCUACGGCCAGUGAGGCCACGUGAGGCGGGCUGGUAAUGGGAUGAAGAGCCCUGGAAGUGCACAGUGUUGUGUGGGGUCAUCUGGCUGGCAUGGGACAGGAGUGGGCUCGAGGACAGGCCCCCGGCUGCCCAUUCUUCUCUGUAAGUUAUUUGCCAAAGCUUUCAUCUUGGUGGCCAAUCCAACAUGCAUCUCAGUUGCUGUAGCCAAGUCAAGCCAUUGUGCUGGCCCCUCGGUUACGAGUAGACAUGCGGGCCACUUCCUCCACAGGCCCUUGAGGAAAGCUCCAGUUUAUCCUCGUUUUGGAGGAUUCUUGUUUUCUCCCGUCUGUCCCAGGCCGCCCCCUUCCAGGCCGCUAUGUGCUAAUAACGGCGUUGAGUUUUGCCCAUUCUCCAGGGGCCCCUGGCUGCACGGGGCUUGGGGGGGACCUCCAGGCUCCACACCAAUGUCCUGCAGGACGGCUUGGGGUCACGGCCCAUGCAGCCGCUGCUCUGGGUCCAAUGCCCCACAUAUGCCUCCAACACAACCACCCAACUCCCGCACAGCCCUGGGCUGAGCAGGGCAAUUCAGCUGGCCAAGGCAGGGGGGGCCUGAGGCAAAGUUUGGCUUCUGGCCAUGGUCCUUUCUCCAGGUGAGUGGAGCCCAGGGGCUCUGGCAUAACCAGCAUCAGGUUCAGCAGUCUCUGUGGGGAUGUGGUGGGGUUGGCAGGGUGGCAGCAUCCUGUGUACAGCCUUGCUUUCUCCAGGACAUCUGAGGGGGAUAAGUUUGCUGCCAAAAAGCAAAAAACAAACCUAAAAACAAAACAGAAGAAAAAGCCAUAAUUUGCAGGUUCUCCUGAGGGGCUGAAAGCUGCACCCCAGGACAGCCACAGGACUAAGGGGAGGAGGCUGGGGACCAACACAGUCCUGGGGAAGCAUGCAUGUGCCUCCCUGUCCUAGGACACCAGGCAAGCAGGAGGGAGCCCUGCGCAGCUGCCUCUCUCCCACCUUGGCGUGCAGGUGCUUCUGGAGGGAGGAGCAGCUCCUAACCUCCUAACAGUGGCUGAAACCUAACAUCCAUCAGGGAGAGGGGCCAAACUGUCCCUCCUUCCUGUGCUACUGGAGCUGGACUUGCCUGCCCUGGGCUGUCAAGGGAGCAGGCGAUGCCACCAGCUUUGCUAGCGAAGCCCUGGGGACCACCUCACUCCCGGGCCCUCUGCCCAGGGCCCCACAGGGGAGGAAGGGUGGGGGGGGCUCAGAGAACAGUGGUUGAUAUCGUUUCUGUUUUGCUCUGCCAAUGCCUCCCGCUGCUGGUUGUGAUGAUGAUCAUGUUUUAUACCCGGCCUUGUUCAACCCCAAUCAAUCUCCCCAAUAAAGAUUAUAUUGGAACGAA